UGACAAUGCACUGCAGAGGCGAGCUGGAAGGAAAACACGCCAGGCUUUUCUUGUGUACUCUCUCUGCUUCUCCCGGUGCACUGGGGUGGUUGUCAGGUCACGCCCCCGCCAUCAAAAGGGCCCUGAAUCACCGCCCAUGGGUGUCUCUGUGGGCGGUUCCUAAGACUAUAGACAGCAUACUGAGAGGCAUCAGUCAGGUGUGCUUCGCCGACAACCCCCUCUCCGGGCUGCUCAUCCUCCUCGGGCUCCUCCUCGGUGACGUCACAGCAGGUCUUGCGGCUCUGGCCUGCUCUCUGACGGCCAUCAUCACGGCUCUGAUAUUCAGGCAACCGGAUGCAGCCAUUUCUUCAGGGAUCACCAACUUCAGCGCCGUGUUGGUUGGCACUGUAAUCACCUCUUUGUACCCCAACGUCUGCUAUCAACCCGUGUCGGCGCCGGUUUAUGGCUAUAUGAUUGCGGGGGCUGCCUUCAGCGUGUGUCUGCUGUCAGGCCUGGCCGCCAUCUUGGCCCCGACCAAGCUGCCGCCCUUCACCCUCCCCUUCAACAUCGCCACCUGCAUCGUGUUCAUCUGCCUCCGAGGGCGCGGCCUGGUGGGGGUCCCGCCCGAUGAGGCCGCUGGGACUCCUGACGGCGACGCAGAAGUUGAAUGGGAUCAGGUCUUCGUAGGAUGGGCGAUGUCUGUCGGCCAGGUCUACGCGUUGGAGAGCCUGGUGUGUUCCUGCCUCACGCUGGUCGGGCUCUUCCUGUACUCUCCCUUGCUGGUGGUUUUCGCAAUGGGCGGCGCUCUCGUCUCCACGGUCACGGCUCUGGCGGUGUCGUCGGCUCCUUACGCUGGUGUCUACGCUGGAGUCUGGGGCUACAACGGCUUCCUGUCUGCCGGAAGUCUCGCCAUCUUCAUGGUUCCUUCGCCGAGAAUCUUCCUCCUCGCCCUCGUCAACGCCUUCUUCACCACCUUCCUCCACGCGGCUCUCGUCCCCUCGUUCGCGCAGAACCAGCUGCCGGUGUUCACCUUCCCGUUCUGCAUAAGUUCAUUGCUGUUCUUGGCCAUGGCCGGGGCGGGGGGCAUGGGCAGUGUGAGGUGGACGAGCCGACUUCCCCGAACGCCAUUUUGUGCUCCAUUUGCGGAAAACCCGGGAUGACACCAGUGCGCAGAGUCGAUGCUCUUCAUUGAUUGUAACCAUUGGAUAAGGAGGAUUUGUGUACGUUAAAUUAGGCAAUUUUUUUUUACAUUGUGGGCUUUAUCCUUUUUUGUAGAUUUAUGUGCACUUCUGUUGUUUUGGAUAGGGCUUGAGGUAUGGAUCGAGGUGAAUUCAUGUGGUGAAAUCAUCAUUUUGGUUACGAGGUUUGACUGAAAAAAAAUGUGACGUUAGGCUCUAUACCGCCAUGUAGGUUCAAGCAACGGUCAUUGGUUCAUGCACUGUCCAUUUUUAUUCUUUGUGAAUUUUGUUGCACCCAAAUAUUCAUCCACCAAGGAGUCAAUGAACAGGCCCUUGUGACGGCAUUAGGUUUUCUUAUUCCUUGAUAUUUUGUGAUUUUUUAAAAAUGCUACUAAUAUAGAAACUCUAAUCAUUAUUAAUUAUUAUUAUUACUGUUACUUAAAAUUCUGAAUUAUUGCCUCGUUGGUGACCAAGGACUUGCGGAGCCACCGACGUAAAAACACAACUCAUGAAUCAAAAUAACAGUGAAUAUGGCAUGUCAUUUACGCCAUCCGCGAUCUGGGAUUAGGAGAUGGUACGUGAUGAUGAUAAGCGCUGCAGCCCAAAUGGUUGAAUUCUGCAAUAUAUUCAGGAGAUACUCCAAAGUUAUUUUGUAAUUAGAUGAACAUGUUGCUGUCUGUUUCA